AUGCACGAGGCUGGGAUAUCUGAUGAAGAAUGCAUGUUGAUCGAUAAACCUACUAUGAUCAUCACCCAAGAUUACUCGAAUCCCGGGAUAGAAAAGUUGCAGAUUAAUAAUGAAAACAAUUAUGGGCGGGUCGAAGAAGAAGAUACGUAUUGGGAAGAUUGGAGUAGAGAGACAGGAAAAGAUGAUGCGUCCAAGAAACUGAAAGAAAUAUCUGUCAAGAAAAUCAUUGAGAAUAAAUAUGAAGCAGCCCUUGAAGUUCAAUUAAGAGAAAAAUCUCUCAAGAAACCUGUUGUUGAAGCCCCAUUGGAGAGCGACUCCACAAUUAUGUCCUCUGAAAUCAGCGACGGAAAAAUAAAGAGCAAGGAGAAGUUGAAAAGUAAUGGCAGAAUUGGAGAAGGAUCUUCAUCAAGAAGUAACAAGAAAAGCUGCAUUAAUCUGAGGGAAGAGCCAGCUCCUCCAUUGCCCGUACAAUUCAAAAACGCAGUUCUUGCCCUAGCACAAGGUAGAACUGUCUCGGAAGCAAAGUUGGUCAUACAGAAGCAAUUGUUCCCUACUGAUAUAGCUAAGGAUCAAAAUCGGUUCACCAUUCCGGUGAAUCAGAUUAGAGAGGAGUUCCUGAGCAAUGAAGAGAAGAUAUAUCUGUCAAAGUACGUGAGUAAGGGACGGAAAAUGGCUAUGGAAGCUAUGAUAAUUGAGCCAUUGCUCAGGGAAGGAACUGUGGAGUUGAGAAGGUGGGACUUGAAGAAAUAUUCAGGACGUUCAAGCAUGUCUUACGUGUUGAAUAAAAAUUGGGGGACACUUUGUGAGAAUAAUAAACUCGAGGUUGGAAAUGUCUUGCAACUUUGGGCUUUUCGAGUUGAUGGAGAAUUGCUGUUUGUGCUUGUCAAGCUUGCCUGA